CAGUGCAUUAGAGUGAGUCUGUGGAGGUAGACGUGCUCUGAUUUCAGUUGUGGAUCACCCCUCUAGUCGGCUGCACAUAAUGCUGGGUGUUAUCGGCCUGUUUCUGGCGGCGUUCGCUGCCCUGCUGCUCUGGGACUACCUCUGGAGGAAGCGGCGCAACGAUAUGCUCUCCUACAUGCCUGGUCCACGGCCGCUGCCCCUUCUGGGCAAUGUGCUCAUGUACCGCGGCCUGGAUGCCGAACAAAUCAUGGACUUUGUGGCCAAGAACCAGGCCAAGUACGGUAAAAUCUACAAGGUCUGGGUCAUCCAUCAGUUGGCCGUCUUCUCCACGGAUCCCCGGGAUAUUGAAUUCCUUCUGAGCAGCCAGCAGCACAUCACCAAGAAUAACCUUUACAAAUUGCUAAACUGCUGGCUGGGCGAGGGCCUCCUGAUGAGCACUGGCCGGAAAUGGCAUGGACGCCGCAAGAUCAUCACUCCCACGUUCCACUUCAAGAUCCUGGAGCAGUUUGUGGAGAUUUUUGAUCAGCAGAGUGCCGUUAUGGUGGAGAAACUAAAGUCCAGGGCGGAUGGGAAGACGGCGUUUAAUAUCUUCCCAGUGGUGUGCCUCACGGCUCUGGAUAUUAUAGCAGAAACCGCCAUGGGCACCAAGAUCAAUGCCCAGAUGAACCCCAAUCUUCCCUACGUCAAGGCUGUCAAUGAUGUCACCAACAUCAUGACCACCCGGUUCAUAAAUGCCUGGCAGCGUGUUGACUGGAUCUUCCGCCUGAUCCAGCCCAAGGAGGCCAAGCGCCAGGACACGGCCAUUAAGAUAAUGCACGACUUCACCGAGAACAUCAUCCGGCAGAGGCGACAGGCUCUGGUGAACUCCCAGGACCCGAACUCUCCCUCGGAGCUGGUGGAUGACUUGGGCCAGAAGCGACGCAUGGCCCUUUUGGAUGUCCUGCUGCAGUCCACCAUCGAUGGAGCGCCGCUGAGCGACGAGGAUAUCCGGGAGGAGGUGGACACUUUUAUGUUCGAGGGCCACGACACCACCACUUCGGCCAUUUCCUUCUGCCUGUACGAGAUCUCACGGCACCCGGAGGUGCAGAAGCGCCUCGUCCAGGAAAUACACGAGGUCCUGGGCGACGAUACCCAGAGACCGGUCACCCUGCGGGACCUGGGCGAGCUGAAGUACAUGGAGAACGCGAUCAAGGAGUCCCUGCGUCUGCACCCGCCAGUGCCCAUGAUCGGUCGCUGGUUUGCCGAGGAUGUGGAAAUCCGCGGCAAGCGCAUUCCGGCUGGUACUAACUUCACCGUGGGAAUCUACGUGCUACUCCGCGAUCCGGAGUACUUUGACUCGCCGGAUGAAUUCCGACCAGAGAGAUUCGAGGCGGAUGUGCCGCAGACUCAUCCGUAUGCCUAUAUACCCUUCUCGGCGGGUCCCAGGAACUGCAUCGGCCAGAAGUUCGCCAUGCUGGAGAUGAAGAGCACCAUUAGCAAGCUCCUCCGUCAUUUUGAACUUCUCCCCCUGGGUCCUGACCCUCGACUAUCGAUGAACAUUGUCCUGCGCUCUGCCAACGGUGUACAUUUGGGUCUGAAGCCACGCUCCGCAGCUAAAGAGGAUUGAUCUGAAAGAUUAAAUCAAAUCUGGCCUCAGGGAAUUGUAAAUUUUAGAUUUUAAAAGGUUUCUAAUCUAUUUUUAAUCCAUUAAUCGAUUUAUUUUAAUUAAAAAAACCAUUUCAAUGUAAAUAUUUAAACUUUGAGAGUUAUAAUCAUAAUUUAUAAGAGAUUCUACUUAAAAAAGUAAAUAGUUUUUGUUAAAUGAUUAAACGAACUACUAGACCACUUCUAAUGGAUCAUCUAUAUCUAUAAUAGAUUCUAUAUGCUGUAAUAUCAUUUAAAAAAUAUAAACUAAAUGAAUCCAA